AUGGAUCUCUCCAUGAGAUCUGACGGGAAUAGCUGGUCUGAGACGGAAAACGCACCCGAGCAGUCCCGGUUCGCCUCCAACCUUCAAACCCGGGUGAACGCAGCCGUGGCACUCCUGUCCACCAGACUGCCACGGUACAUGGUGCCGGACCUCUUCCUUGCCUUCCUUAAGGUUCCCCUCACGCACACUGGGAAACUAGACCGCCGGCGCCUCUGCACAUACGCCAACAAGCGCAGCCGCCACCAGCUGCUGGGGAAAGACCAGACGAAUCACCUGUACGUUGCACCUUCGACGGAAAUCGAAGCGUUGUUAGCGUUGCUGGUGGCCAACACCCUCAACAUUCCCGUGGGUGAUGUGGGAGUUGUCGAUAACUUUUUCCACCGCGGGGGAGAUUCGAUCAAGGCCGUGGCCCUCGUUGGCGAGGCCUCACCUAUCCAACACUUUGAGGAGCAGGAUCAUACUAUCAUCUUCGCAACGCAUCUAUCAGGUCUUCGAGAAAUACCCAGGUGGGACCAGGCAGACGGCUUAUUGAAUUCGGGCGAACCGGAGGCCGGCCCAUGUCUCGAGAUUGACUUUGGUCUUCCGCUGGUCAAAAUGUCUAUUCAUCGGCAGGCCAUCGCCGAUUGCCUUCAACUGGCUCUGACAAUGCACCAUUCGGUGAUCGACGGGUGGAGUUUCCGGAGGAUUCUGGAUCAAGUGGAAGCGGUUUAUCAUGGGAACGCACUGCCAGCAUCACCCCCUUUCUCCGCGUUGGUAAACUACGUCAGCCAUCUCCCGGACCAUAAGGAGUACUUGACGAACUAUCUCUCCGGCCUCAGUGCAGAGAGGGCGGCAGAUUGGCUAGACUCGGUUAACUUGGUCGCCCCCGAAAGAUUUACCCGUUCGGCCGUUUUGCGGCUUGCCUGGGCCAUGGUCCAGUCCCAAUAUGAAGGUAAUUAUGAUAUCGUCUAUGGAGUGAUUGUGUCCGGGCGAAAUGCUCCCAUCCCCGGUAUACUCAACAUGACCAGUCCGACAGUGGCUACUAUGCCAUUGCGAAUCCAGCUGGAUCCCGCUGCAUCGAUCGAGGACACAUUGGACCGCUUAGUUCAACAGACCGUGCAAAGCAUUCCUCAUGAGCAGACCGGGUUGCAAAAUAUGAGAAGAUGGGGUGGCGAUAUCGCUGCGGCGUGCGAUUUCCAGACAUUACUGGUCAUCCAGCAAAUUGAUGGCAGCACUGGCUUCAGCUUGCUGGGCACAGAAGCACAAGAAUCCAGUUUCGCCGCAUUUUGCACCUACACUCUCACCCGAGUCUGUAAUCUCAACGUGGAUCCCGUUGAAAUAAAGGCCUGGUUCGACCCAAACGUUAAUGAGCUGAUUUGCCACGAAUGUGUGGAACAUCCCAGCCGCCUAGCCGUCGAUGCGUGGGACAUUCAGUUUACAUACCAAGAGCUGGAUGAGCUCUCCACCAAUCUCGCGCAACACCUGGUGGCAAUUGGCGUGCGGACAGGGGAAUUCGUGCCGAUAUGCUUGGAGAAAUCCGGUUGGACACCUAUCGCCAUGUUGGCCGUGAUCAAGUCUGGUGCUGCAUUCAUUCUACUUGAUCCUGCCGUGCCCGUGCAGCGCCUGAUCGAUAGCUGCCGGCAAGCAAAAUUGGACCUGGUUCUCACCGUGACAGCCACCGUCCAGCUUGCAUUGGAGCCCGGGACCAGAGUGGUAGUCGUGGACGUUCAGUAUCCGUUCCUCAAGGAUGUGUCUCUUCCGGCAGUCCACCCAUUCUCUUCCGGCAGUCUACCCAGACUGGCCGCUGCUUGCAGUGUUCACUUCUGGAUCGACCGGAGUCCCCAAGGCUGCCAUGGCAAAUCAUCAAUCGUUCUUGGCCUACUCUCGUCCCGUAAUCAAAAGUUUCGGGAUUGUGAGAGUCGAGAAACCAAUCCGCUCUGA